AUGUUCAAGAACACAUUUCAAUCCGGAUUUCUGUCAAUUCUAUACAGCCUUGGGAGCAAACCGUUGCAGAUUUGGGAUAAAGAAGUUGUCGAUGGCCAUAUUAAAAGACCACAGGAUGAAGACAUACAAUCCAAUGUCCUUGAAAUAAUUGGUACGAACAUCCAGUCCACAUACAUUACUUGCCCAGCAGACCCAUCAGCUACACUUGGUAUAAAACUUCCAUUCCUGGUUAUGAUUGUAAAGAAUCUGAAGAAGUAUUUCACAUUUGAGAUUCAAGUUCUGGAUGACAAGAACGUCAGGAGACGUUUUCGAGCUUCCAAUUUUCAAGCUGUAACUCGGGUGAAGCCAUACAUCUGCACCAUGCCACUGAGGAUGGAUGAGGGCUGGAAUCAAAUCCAGUUUAAUCUAGCCGAUUUUACCAGGAGAGCCUAUGGAACAAACUAUGUGGAGACAUUGCGAGUACAGGUUCAUGCGAAUUGCCGCCUCAGGAGGAUAUAUUUCUCUGACCGCUUGUACUCCGAAGAGGAACUUCCGCCCGAGUUUAAGUUGUACCUUCCAAUGCAGAAAGCAUGA